ACCUUGCGUAAGAGGGCAUUCUAGAAGCUCCCUCUCUCUCUCUCUCUCUCUCUCUCUCAUUCUAUAAUCUGAAAUCCGUUUUUCUCCAGGUGGGUUUCUCUGGUUCUUCAGCGUUCUUCUCUGCAGAGCACAGAAUGGAACCCUGGAGAUUUCUCCGGUUUUUGUUUCUAAUGGUAGCCGUCUGUAAUCUGUGUUUAUCCCAAGCUCAUGAUUUCUAUGUUGGUGGGAGAUUUGGAUGGGUGUUAAACCCUUCUGAGAAGUACAAUGACUGGGCUGAAAGAAACAGGUUUCAAGUCAAUGAUACCCUUGUUUUUAGAUACAAGAAGGGAGAGGACUCGGUGUUGGUUACAAGCCCAGAGCACUACUAUUCCUGCAAUACAUCGGAACCGAUUAUGACUAUGGUAGAUGGGUUUUCCAAGUUCAAGUUUGAUCGAUCGGGCCCCUUCUACUUCAUAAGUGGAAAUCCCGGAAGUUGUGCCAAGGGUCAGAGGCUGAUCGUCGUUGUUUUGGCUGUGAGAAGCAACACCAACAGUACACCUCCUCCUCCUCCACCUCAGAUUUCUCCUUCCAUUCCAUCUCCACCUCCCACAGCCUCUCCACCCAAAGCACCGUCGCCCGUGUCUCCUGCUCCUAGCUCCAAGACACCAGUUCCAUCUCCUUCCCCAGCCAAUUCACCCGUAUCGCCUUCUCCUUCAUCGUCUCCACCGGUGUCGCCCACACCUCCUUCGUCUUCUACAACUUUCACACCCUCUCUGGUUUGGGUUUGGGUUGUUUCGCUGGUAGUGAAUGUGGUUUUGGCUAGCUUUAAUGGCUCCCUCUAGAUUGAUAAAAAUGAUCAUAAACAAGUAUUGAUUUUUCGGAAUAAUUUUAUCCGCAUUUUUCAUUAGGAAGAGGGGGUGGCUUUAUUUUGAUUUUUUCACUGUGUUAAAUGGUUCUUUGAUGUAAGGUUUAUUCAAAUUGGUAUAAAUAUAUUGGUUCAUACA